CGGACGCUCCGCUGCAGCAGCGGCGGCGGCGGUUCCUCUCUCUGGAGCCUUACUUGAGCAACACCCUGCCUUCACCCUCCGGUGCUCGGCGACCAUGUCGGAAGGCAGGAAGGCUGUGUGUAGUAGUGGUGCGGGGGUCUGCUUUGUGUUCUUCUCCCCAGGGCCCCGAGACCCACCAAGGUGCAAAAAGGACAGGCUCUGAAAAUGGGAGAAUUCUGAGCCAGGGAUUAGUUCGGAGUACAGUACCAGAACUCGGAUGAAGCCUUAACUCUCACACAAACUACUCCGUUCCUGGAUUCCCCAAGCUGACUUCAUUUCAGCAGCCUAGAUGGUGUUCUAACACUGAAUACAGAGAACAAUAAUUAUACCCAGCAAGUACCAAACAUCCGUAAGUGUGAGAUCUGUUUUCUGUCUUUUUCGAAAGACACACAAUUCCAGCGCCAUAUGAGGGAUCAUGAGCAAAAUGACAAGCCUCAUCGAUGUGACCAGUGUCCGAUGUCAUUUAAUGUUGAGUUCAAUCUUACACUGCAUAAAUGUACCCACAAUGGAGAAGAUCCCACUUGUCCUGUGUGCAACAAAAAAUUCUCCAGAGUGGCUAGUCUUAAAGCUCAUAUUAUGCUUCAUGAAAAGGAAGAGAAUCUUAUAUGUUCAGAGUGUGGAGAUGAGUUUACUUUGCAUAGCCAGCUGGCCCUACACAUGGAAGAACACCGUCAAGAAUUGUCUGGAAGCAAAACCCAUAUCUGCAAAACCUGUAAGAAAGAGGUUGAAACAUCUUCCCAACUAAAGGAGCACAUGAAAACUCAUUACAAAAUAAGGGUAUCAAACAGCAGGUCAUACAACAGAAAUAUUGACAGAAGUGGGUUUACAUAUUCAUGUCCGCACUGUGGAAAGACUUUCCAGAAACCAAGUCAGUUAACACGGCAUGUUCGAAUACACACAGGUGAAAGGCCAUUUAAAUGUAGUGAAUGUGGAAAAGCAUUUAAUCAGAAGGGGGCAUUGCAAACCCAUAUGAUUAAACACACCGGUGAAAAACCCCAUGCCUGUGCCUUUUGUCCUGCAGCCUUUUCUCAGAAAGGCAAUCUUCAAUCACAUAUUCAGAGAGUUCAUUCAGAGGUGAAGAAUGGCCCUACAUAUAACUGUUCAGAAUGUAGUUGUAUUUUCAAAAGUUUAGGCAGCUUAAAUACUCAUAUCAGCAAGAUGCAUAUGAGUAGCACACAGAAUACAACGAGUUCUACUACAGAAACAUCUCACUUGACAACGGAUUCUGUGGCUCAGCCUCUGACUUUAGCAACAGUUAAUUUGCUACAGCCUGUUGAUAAUAAAUGGAAGAAUACAGAAAAUCCAGUAACUUCAGUGGCAGGACAUCAAGGUCAGCAAUCUGUAACUGACGUCAUUCAGCAACUGCUUGAGUUGUCAGAGCCAGUGGAAAAUAAUCAGUCUCAGCAACCUGGUCAGCAACUCAGUAUGGCUGUGGGAAUAAACAGAGACAUUUUGCAGCAAGCCUUGGAAAACAGUGGGCUGUCUUCCAUCCCAGUCUCAACAAAUGCAGACUGCAGUGAAAACAAGACUCCUUCAAGUCAGGAUGAAAAUGCAGAAGUUCAGAAUCAAGUCAACACUAGCAAUCCAGAACCAAUUAAAGAGCAAGAAAAUCCAGAUAAAGUAGAGAAAAAGGAAAAAAGAGUUCUGAAGAAAAAAUCCCAGUUUUUACCUGGUACCAUACGUGAGGAAAACGGAAUACGAUGGCAUAUUUGUCCGUAUUGUUCUAAAGAAUUUAAAAAGCCCAGUGAUCUAGUGAGACACAUCCGCAUUCACACGCAUGAAAAGCCAUUCAAAUGUCCGCAGUGUUUCCGGGCCUUUGCUGUGAAGAGCACCCUCACAGCACACAUUAAAACACAUACCGGCAUUAAGGCUUUUAAGUGCCAGUACUGUAUGAAGAGCUUUUCUACCUCAGGAAGUUUAAAAGUGCAUAUUCGCUUACAUACAGGUAUUAGACCUUUUGCUUGCCCACACUGUGAUAAAAAGUUCCGAACUUCUGGUCACAGAAAGACACAUAUUGCCUCUCAUUUUAAACACACGGAACUAAGAAAGAUGCGGCAUCAGCGUAAACCUGCAAAGUUUCGUACAGGAAAGACGAGUGUUCCAGUACCUGAUAUUCCUUUGCAAGAACCUAUACUCAUCACAGAUUUAGGUCUUAUCCAGCCAAUCCCAAGAAAUAGCCAGUUCUUCCAAAAUUACUUCAAUAAUAAUUUUGUGAAUGAAGCGGAUAGGCCAUAUAAAUGUUAUUACUGUCAUAGAGCAUAUAAAAAGUCUUGCCAUCUUAAGCAGCAUAUACGAUCACAUACUGGUGAGAAACCAUUCAAAUGUUCUCAGUGUGGAAGAGGCUUUGUGUCUGCUGGAGUAUUGAAAGCACAUAUCCGAACACACACAGGAUUAAAAGCUUUCAAGUGUCUAAUAUGCAACGGGGCAUUCACAACUGGUGGGAGUUUAAGGAGGCAUAUGGGCAUCCAUAAUGACCUUCGACCAUAUAUGUGCCCAUAUUGUCAGAAAACGUUCAAAACCUCAUUAAACUGCAAAAAACACAUGAAAACUCACAGGUAUGAGCUUGCACAACAGCUGCAACAGCACCAACAAGCUGCUUCAAUUGAUGAUACAACAGUAGAUCAGCAGAGCAUUCAUGUUUCUACUCAGAUGCAAGUUGAGAUUGAAAGUGAAGAGCUGCAGCAAACGGAAGCUGUCACAACGGAUCAAGAAACUAUUUUAGAUUUGGACCAGCAGCAGGUUGUGGACUCGGAGGAAACUGAACUGAGGCCACAGUUGACUGACCAACCACUUGGUCAAGAGGAAGAUAGAUUUGUGACAUCCCAACAUGCACUGCAAGAAAAUAUGAAUCAGUUUGAGCAGCAGACUAUAGCACAGCAAUCAUUUGAUCAGCAAGCAUUAUCACAAGGUUUUACUGUUAAUGAUGGCUACAGUCAGCAAAACCAAUUUCCAGCAGUACAGCAGCUUCAAGAUUCAAGCACCCUUGAAUCCCAAGCUCUUUCAACAAGCUACCACCAACCAAAUCUACUUCAGGUUCCUGCACCAGAUGCUAUAAAUGUAACCACCCGCUUGAUUCAAGAUCAGUCACAAGAACUUGAGCUGCAUCCUCAACGCUCUCAGUUUCUGGAAGAUAAUGAAGAUCAAAGCAAGCGUUCUUACAGGUGUGAAUAUUGCAACAAGGGUUUCAAGAAAUCCAGCCACUUGAAGCAGCAUGUACGUUCUCACACUGGAGAAAAGCCUUAUAAAUGCCAGUUGUGUGGACGAGGAUUUGUUUCUUCUGGAGUUCUUAAAUCUCAUGAGAAGACACAUACAGGAGUUAAAGCAUUCAGUUGCAGCAUUUGCAAUACGUCCUUUACUACUAAUGGAAGUCUUACUAGACAUAUGGCAACUCACAUGAGCAUGAAACCAUACAAGUGCCCAUUUUGUGAUGAAAGUUUCAGAACUACAGUUCACUGCAAAAAGCACAUGAAAAAGCAUCAAACUGUGUCUUCAACGGCAGCAUCAGGUGGAGAAACGGCAGGAGGAGAAGAUGAUGAUGAGACCUCUGAAAGAACAUCUUCUAGAAAAUCUAGACCUGGUGUUAUCACUUUCACAGAAGAAGAAACAGCAGAACUUGCAAAAAUCAGGCCACAAGAAAGCGCAACUGUUUCUGAAAAAGUUCUUGUCCAAUCUGCUGCUGAAAAGGACAGAAUUAGUGAAAUCAAAGACAAGCAAGCAGAAAUGGAAGCUGAGCCAAAAUAUGCCAACUGUUGUACUUACUGUCCAAAAAGCUUUAAAAAACCUAGUGAUUUAGUCAGGCACGUGCGUAUCCAUACGGGAGAAAAACCAUAUAAAUGUGAUGAAUGCGGCAAAAGUUUUACCGUAAAGUCUACUCUGGAUUGCCAUGUAAAAACACACACAGGUCAGAAACUCUUCAGUUGUCACGUAUGCAGCAAUUCAUUUUCUACAAAAGGUAGUCUGAAAGUGCAUAUGCGCUUACAUACUGGAGCAAAACCCUUUAAAUGCCCUCACUGUGACUUGAGGUUUCGAACUUCUGGACGGAGGAAAACUCACAUACAGUGUCACUUUAAACCAGAGGCCAAGAAGGCCAGGAAGCCUGCGCCUCGCACUCCUGCUGAGGGACUACAGCCAGUAAAUCUGCUCAAUACAUCCUCAACAGAUCCCAAUGUUUUCAUCAUGAAUAAUUCUGUUCUGACAGGCCAAUUUGACCAAAAUUUGCUUCCACAAGGUCUCGUUGGUCAGGCUAUACUUCCUGCUUCAAUGUCAGCUGGAGGUGAUUUAACUGUGUCCUUGACGGAUGGUAGUUUGGCAACACUUGAAGGAAUACAGUUACAGCUUGCUGCUAACUUGGUUGGACCAAACGUUCAAAUAUCUGGAAUAGAUCCUACCAGCAUUAACAACAUUACAUUACAAAUUGAUCCCAGUCUUUUGCAGCAGACGCUACAACAGGGUAACGUACUGACCCAGCAGCUAACUGGGGAUCCCAAUUUGGCUACUCAGAACACCUCCCUCCAGACAGCAGAUAGUUCAAUGCCAGCAAAUGUGGUAAUACAGCCUUUGUCAAGCUUGUCCUUACAGCCCACUGUUACCUCUUCAGCAAAUAUGACAAUGGGACCUAUAUCUGAGCAAGAAGCUGUUUUGACUACUAACGCUACUGGUUCACAGGAUCUCUCUCAGGUCAUGACUUCACAGGGUAUGGUUUCAAAUUCAAAUGGUCAGCAUGAGAUUACAUUGACAAUAAAUAAUUCGAGUCUGAGCCAUGUUUUAGCUCAUGCAUCUAGUACAACUACUUCAAACUCAUCAGGAACCCCUCAAGAAAUUACCCUUACCAUAUCUGGCCAGGAUCUUAUUCAGCAUAAUUCCUCUGGAAGUAAUGAACUGAAUGGGAAUCUACGACUGGCAACCCCAGCAAUCAAUAAUCAGUCAGCAAGUGCUACACUAACAAUAAGUAAUGAUCAACUCCUCUCUCAGAGCCCAGUGCUGAACAGUAGUUCAGAGCUUAAUGCAUCAAGUGGGAACCUUCCUUCAACACCACCCAUGUCUCAGCCAGCUCAGAAUUUAGUAAUGUCAUCACCAGGAGUAGGAGAAGAUGGUAGUGUCACAUUGACCCUCGCCGAUACUCAAAGUAUGCUAUCUGCUGGUCUUGAUGCAGUGACUCUUAACAUCACAUCGCAGGGACAACAGUUCCCUGCUUUACUGACAGAUUCUAAUCUCUCUGGACAGAGCACUUCAAGUUCCCAGCAAGUUAUACUAGUGAGUCACACCCCACAUUCAAUACCUACAAACCAGGAUGAAUUAGCAUAUCAGGUAAAUGAGAUUUCUCCAAGUUUAUCUAAAGGCAUUCAAGCUGAAAAAGAGCCUCGUGUGCACCAGUGUUUUGAAUGUAGUCAGACUUUUUCUUCAGCUGCCAUGCUUAUGCAGCACAGUAAAGAAGUUCACGGAAAGGAAAGAAUCCAUGUUUGUCAUAUUUGCAAUAAAGCCUUCAAAAGAGCAACACAUCUUAAGGAGCAUUUGCAGACUCAUCAGGCAGGACCAUCAUUAAGUUCUCAAAAGCCAAGGGUAUUUAAAUGUGAUACCUGUGAAAAAGCCUUUGCUAAGCCAAGCCAGCUGGAAAGGCAUAGCCGCAUUCAUACAGGAGAACGACCGUUUCAAUGCACGUUGUGUGAGAAGGCUUUUAACCAGAAGAGUGCUUUGCAAGUUCAUAUGAAAAAACACACAGGAGAAAGACCAUACAAAUGUGAUUAUUGUGCAAUGGGAUUUACCCAGAAAAGCAAUAUGAAACUUCAUAUGAAACGAGCCCAUGGCUAUUCUGGCACAAUACAAGAAUCUACCAGUCAUCAAGGACAGGAAGGCGAAGACAUUAAUCGUGCUCUGAAUUUGGAAGAGGUUGUUCAAGAAUCUUCAAAUGAAUGGCAGAGCAUAACCAAUAUUUUUUGAUGACAGCCAAGGUGAAAGCUCAAAAUGCUUUCAGGACUAGAAUUUUUAUAAAUAUAGUCACCUGUGGAUUUUUACUAUUAAAACUGAACAUACUGAAAAUUAUAAGAUAAUAUAACUUUUUAAAUUUUACAAAACUACCAAAAGAAUGAUUGUCUUUUGUAAGCUUGUAGGAUAUUGAAGAAACACCAGAUACACUUUGCUAUCUUAACUACAAUCAAUGAUCUCAGGUACAUGGAGUUUGCUUAUCUUUUGAAUCCCAUCAUACGUGUAUUCAUGUAAAAAAACAAAAGACACACUUUGGUAUCAAUGAAGGUUGAUUCGAAGGUAGACAGCAUGGAAGUUCUGGCAAUCAUGAGGAUGUCCUGACUGUUUAAAAUGAAUUGGAAGAAAGAGUAUCUCAGAGUUAGAUGCAUGCAGUAGAGAAUUCAUAUUACAAUAUGGCAUUAAAUGUCUGGUAUUACUUUAGUUCAUUAAUUGGUAUUACAUUAUGGUGCUGGUGUUGCUGACAUGUCAGAAAGUGAUGGACCAUAUUCAUUUUAUUAAAGCUAUUUUUAAAAAUUAAUUUCUUAAUUGUACAUGUUUAGCUUCACAUUCAGCAAUAAUUAUUCAAAGAAAAUGUAACUGAUAAUAGAAUCUCCUUGAACUGAACAACAAAUGCACAUAUUUUCUGUGUUAGGUCUUAAUGCUCAUAUGUUUUAGCUUGAUAACUGAAAAACAUAAGCCAUAAGUUAAAAAUAAUAGGGCAUACUAAACUAUGCCUUGUUUUGAGCAAACCAAGUGAGCUGUAGCACAGGUUGUAUCAGCAAAUGCAGAUUGGUUUCUGACAGCCCCCUAUUAAUAUAACCUUGAUUUUGUUGCCAUUUAAUUAAAAAAAUAAAAUAAAACUACCUAGGCUUUUCAGUAAUGUUCUGAAAAGCCCCAUUUACUUAGAAAAGGUAAUAUAUCUAAAGAAACACUGGAAUAAAGCAUUUUCUGUUUUAAGACAUUCCAAAGACAGAAGGAUUUUGCUUAAUUUUACUUUAAAUUUUUGAAUUUCUUUAUAUGUUAUAUAUAUGUGUGCGUAUGUAUAUAUACAGAUAAUUAAGCCUCUGUGUGGCUGUUGAGUAUAUUUUGUAAAUAACAAAAAUCCCAGUUACAGGAAGUGCUCAUAAAGUUUUCAACUUGUAAGUGACCACUUCAAAAUCAGUAUUGAUUCAUUUUAUUGUAAUGUAGACAUGUUAUACCUUUCUGAAGAAUAAUUGCUUUUAUUUGCCCUCAGUUUCAGAAAGAAGAUAUAUGUAUAUAUAAUUUAUACUUGUGUAUUAUACGACUAGUUCUUUCUAUUUCCUGAAUGGAAAAAAUCACUGCUUUUUGAUAGGACAUCUCAUAAUUGUUUUGUUAACUAUGGAAAUAUGUAUAUAAGCAAUAUAGCUGGUGACUUGAAAAUAACACUUUGUUAUGUGGAAAUAUUUAAGUCAGACAUAUUUUAAAUAAUAUUAAUUUUUUCCAAA